AUGGUUCGUAUUGUUAAUGUCUUUUGAGUCUGUGCAAUAAUUUACACCCCAAUUACUCAUGGCUUCGAGCUUAAUGCAUCUUGAAUUCACUUCUCCAAAUUUAUUCUCAACCUUCUUGUUCUUUCUCUGUUUAACCAAGAUUUUGUUCUGUGAAUCACUUGGAUUUUAAAGCUACCAUCAUAACUUUUUGUACAGAGCUGAAAUUUUGUCCAGGUUUCCAUGGAUUAUGCAUGCAGUUUGCUAAAUGGAUCAUAGGUCACAGGAAUACAUAGUGAUAUUUUCUAAGGCGCUGGGCAUUUAAACGAACUAGAUCAGGAUUGGGAUAAUUAAGCAUGAUUGGAAAUUCUUUUGUUUGCUGAAUGUAUAUCAAAUGCUUCCUGACUUGUUGCAUAGCUUCUCUAAAAGGAAAGGAUGAUAGUCUGUUAAAGCCAAAGAAGGGAAGGAAAGUCCAGUUCGAUGCUCAAGGAUCAGUUGAUGCGCAGAUUAAUUUUUCAAUGAAAUACAGUGGCAAAAAUGGUGACUUGGGUAAAGGAGGAAAAGGCGGAAGUGGUGCGAAGGAACCCCAGCCACUAGAAUUGAAGAUUGAGCAAGAACUUCCCAAGAAUGUUAAAUGCCAAUGCCUUAUGGACUGUGAGGCUGCACAAAUUUUACAGGGAAUCCAAGAUCAGAUGGUUCUUCUAUCGGCAGAUCCAACCAUAAAAAUCCCAACAUCAUUUGAUAGGGGGUUGCAGUAUGCCAAAAGAGCCAACCACUACGUAAAUACCGAGUCAGUUAGACCAGUUCUCGAAACCCUCAAGAAAUAUGGCGUAAUGGACAGUGAGAUGUGUGUGCUUGCUAAUGUCUGCCCAGACACUACUGAUGAAGUUUUUUCUCUUCUUCCAUCCUUGAAGAGCAAAAGAAGCAAGCUGAGUGAAGCUCUCAACAGUGUCUUGAGCGAGCUAGCCAAGGUAAAAUCAUCCUGAAGUCAUAUAAGAUCGAUUACUUGUCCGGUUGACUUCUCCCCUUCGGGGAGGCAAGCAUUAGCCCAUUGGAAUAUUUUGUUCUUAAAGAUCUGUAUUUGCCGUAGUGUAGAAAUGUGGGUUACUUUGCUAUGAAUGCCUCUCUCAUCUGAAUCAACUCUGAUGGACUGAAAAUCAAACUAGAAAACCUCUAUUAGUUUGAAUGUAAAGUGGGGAUGUUAAGGGAGUAAUUUCUACCGGAUGCUACUCAUGUUGGGCUGUUCAUUUAUAUUGCUAAUAUACUACGAUACGGCAAGGCAAUGUUUGGCAACGAAAGGAACUGGUUGAGGCCCCUAACUCUUUACCACAGAGGAUAUGCAAGUUUGGGUCUAAUUUUGGUUCAAAAUAUCUAUAGGAAGGGGGUGUCUGUCACAUAAAUUUUAGCCAUUGUUAUUAUUUGAACCUUUGAUUUCUUGGUUCUUUGGUUCUUGGUCGAGAGGACAUCUUUAAAUUAGUUGAAUUGUACUGAAGUUGGUUGUGUAGAGUUUAGUCAUGAAAUACGAGCUGAGAGACCAUAUUGAACUUCA